CCUUGUUGAACAUUUUCAAUUUUAAUAUUCGGAAUUUUUUAUUGGCAAAAAGACAAGAACAACAAUUAACAACAACAAGAACAUCCGAUCAAUUUAACAAAUAAUUUGGAAAAUGGAAGGAUUUGACAAUUUUGUUCAACGUUUAAAGGGUAACGCCUAUGAUAUGGGUGCUGAAGAGGAAAAGUAUAGAAAAAAGGAAGAGGAAAGAAAAAAGAGAAAGGAAACAGCCUUUGCAAAAUUCGGACUUUCUCAACUCUUAUUAAAACAAAUUAAAAGAUGUGGAUUUUUCAAUCCAACACCAAUUCAGCAAAGUUCGAUACCUGUUAUUACACAAGGAAGAGAUGUGAUUGCUAUGGCUAGAACUGGUUCAGGUAAAACUGUUUCUUACCUUUUCCCUCUUUUUGAGAGAUUGGAUUAUAAACACUCUUCAAUUGUUGGAGCUAGAGCUGUCAUUAUUGUCCCAACUAGAGAACUUGUAUUGCAAGUGAAUAAGGUUAUUUAUGAUUUUAUUGGUAAAACAUCUGAUUUGAAAACAUGUAUGCUUUUUGGUGGUAAAUCAAUGGAAGGUCAAUUUGAAAGAUUGAGUGCCAAUCCAGAUAUAAUUAUUGCAACACCUGGUCGUUUGUUGCACAUUAUUUUAGAAACUGGUUUGAGUUUAAAGAGAGUGGAAUAUGUAGUUUUCGAUGAAGCUGAUCGUUUAUUCGAAAUGGGUCUUUCAGAACAAUUAUAUCAAAUUAUUGCCAAAUUACCAACAACUAGACAAACACUUUUAUUCUCUGCAACACUUCCAUCAGCUGUAGCUGAAUUUUCUAAAGCAGGAUUGACUUCACCUGAAUUGAUUAGAUUGGAUUCAGAAGUUAAAGUGAGUGAUAAUAUUAGAUUGAGUGGACUUUUUGUUAGAUCGAAUGAAAAAGUUGCUGCCCUUCUUUACUUGUUAAAUAGUGUAAUUUCUCAUCGUGAGACAACUAUAAUUUUCAUUCCAACUAGACACCACGCCGAAUAUUUCCUUACAUUAUUUACUCAUUACAAGAUUGAAGCAACAGUUGUUUAUGGUAGUAUGGAUCAACAAGCUCGUAUGGAAAAUCUUGACAAGUUCAGAAAUGGAGAAGCUAAUAUUUUACUUGUAACAGAUGUUGCUGCUCGUGGUAUCGAUAUUCCUGAUGUGAACAAUGUCAUUAAUUACAAUUUCCCAGGUAAACCAAAGUUAUUCGUCCACAGAGUUGGUCGUGUUGGUCGUGCUGGUAAAGUUGGUACUGCAUACUCACUGAUAGCUCCUGAUGAAGUUCCAUUUUUCCUUGAUCUUGAAUUAUUCUUGGGAAGAAAAUCAAGAAAUGUUGUUAUGGAAACAAUUUAUGAGGAUGAAGAUUCUAGGCAAGUUCCUGCUGAUUUAUCUGGUAGAAAUUGGAGAGAAUUUAUUGAUGGAUAUAUUGGAAUUAUUCCUCAAUCAAUUCUUGAUAGAGAAAUUGAACACUUGGCACAUUUGGAAAGGAUUGAUGGUGGCCUUUUGAAUGAAAAGGAAGUUUGUGAUAGAGCUUUAACACUUUAUAAUAGAACUAGAGGUGAUCCAAGUGGUGCUUCUAUUGGAAGAUCUAAGGAAUUGCACACUCUUGCUAUUCACCCAAUGAUUAAGGUUUUAGAGGUCAUAACAGAUGAAGAAGAGGAACAACAUGAUAUUAUUGCACAAAUGAAGGAUUACAGACCUGGUCAAACAAUCUUUGAAUUUAAAGAAAAGGAAAAGAGUGCUGAAGCUGAAAUUAUGAAAAAGAGAAGACAAUAUUUGAAACAAGCUCAAGUUUUGAAACAAGUAAGAGAUUAUUCCAUUCAAUCAGGAGUUGAAAGUGAUGAAGAAAAUGAUGCAAAUGCCACCAAGGAAAAACCAAAACCAAAGUCACUUGCUGAAAGACUCUUAAGUGAAGAUUCUAAACAAGACAGAUUUUCCAAACUGACGAAUGUUGUAGCUCCAAAGAAGAAGAAGGAAUUUAAGGAUCCAAACUUUUUCAUGGAAUAUACAAAGGAAGAUCAAGUUCAAGAUCCAUCAGAGGAUCACUAUGCUCUUAACGGUGCCUCCUCAAAGAAGAAACAAUUGACAAGUGUCGUCUCAAGUGAAUUUAAUGAAAUUCCACAACAAAGUAUCAGCGAUGCAGUUAUGGAUAUUGGAGGUGAAACUAGAGAAGAAUUGAAUAAUCAAAGAAAGAAGCAAGGUAUGAUUUGGGAUAGAAAGAAGGGUAAAUAUGUUGUUGGUACAAUGGGUAUUGAUGGUAAGGUCAGAAGAGAUGAUAAUAAGAAGAAGGAUACUCUCAAGACAACUGAUGCCUAUGCCAAGUGGAAGAGAAAAACUCACGGUAGAAUUCAAGGUGUUGGUGAAUUGGAAGAAAAACAAGACUUUGUCAAAGCUAGAAGUCAAGACGAUGAUGAAAAUGGUGGUUUUGGAUUUGAAUCAUACAGAGAUGAAGGAGAAGAAAUUACACUUACCAAUAACAAGAAGAGGAAAAAGGCUCCUUGGGAAGAAAAAGACGAGCAAAAAUCUUCCAAGAAACGUAAGAGUGCAAUUAAGGAAGGUAAGGGUGGUAAAGAUGAAGUCAAGACAGAAGCUCAAUUGGCCAAGAUUAGAAAUGAUAAGAAGAAACAACAACAACACAACAAGGUCAAGUUCAUGAUGAAGAAACAUGGUGCUGCUUCCGUUUUAGGUUCACUUCAAAGAAAGGGUAUGAUGAAAGCUUUGGAAAACAGAAGUGCACUUCCAAACAAAAACUCAAAAGGUCAAGUUCGUCUUUUCAGAAAACGAAAAUAAAUUAUAUUCGUAUUAAUUUAAUGU